AUGAAUUUCGCGGCUUCUAGAUUGAGGGAUUUUGCAAGACUGAACCCUCAUAAGUUUCUUGGUUCCAAUGUGGGAGAAGAUCCUCAAGAAUUUGUGGAAGAUGUUUAUAAAAUAAUUGAUGCUAUGGUGGUGACUUCGGUAGAGAAAGCGGAGUUAGCCUCUUACCAAUUGAAGAGUAUGGCUCAAGUAUGGUAUACUCAAUGGAAGAACAAUAGGCCGAUAAGAGCGGGUCCAAUAGAGUGGGAAGUGUUCAAAUCAGCGUUCCUUGAUAGGUUCUUUCCUCGGGAAUUGGGGAAAGCUAAGGUGGAAGAAUUCAUUAACCUACGUCAAGGAGGUAUGAGUGUUCAAGAGUAUACUCUAAAGUUUACUCAAUUGUUUAAGUAUGCUCUGGCUUUUGUGGCGAAUUCAAGGGAUAUGAUGAGUGGGUAUUUGAUGGGAAGUAUGAGCGUAAAUGGCAGCAAUGGCAGCCAAAUAGGGCAUCAAGACGACAUCGUAAACCUCAAUGAUGUCUAUGAGCCUCAUGCUAAUGACUCCCAUAUCAUGGCGGUAUUAGUGGCAUUUGCUUGCCUCCGACUGAAGGGAAUAUGCAGUAUUUCACAUCACGAGUACCAUGUUGCAACUCUUUCAACUAAAGGGGAUUUUUAA